AAGAAGUAACACCGGAAGCUUCGUUGGAGAAAACAUGGCGUCCACAGCUGCGACCCGAACCGCAGCUGCCACCGCUAAAGUUGUCAAACCGCUCUUAAGCCGGGAUGUGGGGGAGGCUAAGCGCAGGGUUCGGGAGCUGUACCGAGCCUGGUACCGUGAGGUCCCUAAUGCAGUGGGCAUGUUCCAGCUGGACAUCACAACACGUCAGGGCAGAGACAAAGUGAGGGAGAUGUUCGACAGAAACAAGCACAUCACCGACCCCCGUGUGAUCGACAUGCUGGUCAUUAAGGGUAAAAUGGAACUCGAGGAAACAAUCCACAUCUGGAAGCAGAAGACUCACGUAAUGCGCUAUUUCCAGGAGUCCGAGGAACCCCGUCCCACCGACUUCCUGUCCAAAUUCUACCGGGGCCACGACCCGUGAACUGUGCCGCCGUUAGCCCGACCUCUGACCCCUCUUUGCUUGUGUCCAGUGUGGCAGAUAUUCCCCUUUCUUGUAAAUACACACUUAACACUCACA